AUGGUUACAGAAAACGAAAUCACGACGAUGUUCGAGCCGCUUGCCAGAGGCGACAUGGCAUCCUUCCUUGCCAACAUAGAGCCUGAUGUGGACUGGACGGUGAAAGGGGCACACUGUAAGAUAUCCGGCCACUAUAAAUCCCUAGCGGCAUUUCAGGAGGGAACCAAGCCUCUAUCCGCAACUUGGGCUGGGCCAUUGCACCUUGAGGUGCAGAACAUUAUUGUCAGUGGGAACCAGGCGGCUGUAGAGCUGAAAGCAGUCAAAACUCGGAUCAAGAAUGGACAACCUUUCCCCAACGAGUAUACUUGGAUCCUUGGGUUCAAUGAUAAAGGCAAAGUCGCAACUGUACGAGCAUAUAUGGAUACGGAUCUUGUAACCCGUGUAAUUGACUCUAUGGCUUCCUGA